CACCGGAGCUGAGAAGAGCGAAUACAGCGGAGCUACGAGGAACAAGAUAUCGUUUUCUCAAGAACUGGAUUUGCUCGCGCCUCAGCGGACCCCGGGAUUCACCGCCAGCUCGAGCUCAGAUUUCAGCGCGCGCUCCAAGAGACCUUAAGUCGGAUGGUGGCGUGAAGAAUUGACCGCUUUGCAAUCUUCUACAGCUUCCUAAUGGCCCUGAACAACUCUGAAGUGGGCUUAGAAGUCAUCUUGGCGAUGAACCAACUGCUGGAGCUCACCCCUUCCCACGUCACCCCUAAACCUCUGGAGGCCACAGUGAUGACUCCAUGGGAUGUGGCCCUGUGCGUAUCAGGAGCCCUGAUUUGCUGUGAAAAUGCAAUCGUCGUGGCCACCAUCUUCUCCUCGCCGUCUCUGCGGGCACCUAUGUUCCUGCUAAUUGGCAGCCUGGCCUGGGCGGACUUCCUGGCAGGGGUGGGACUCCUUUUGCACUUCCUGUCGCGCCGGUGCGUGUACUCAGAAGCUCUAGAGCUGGGCAGCGUGGGUCUGUUAGUGAGCGCGCUCUGUGCGUCCGUGUUCUCUCUGUUGGGAAUCACCCUGGACCGGUUCCUCUCGCUACAUCGCGCUCUGACCUACGGAUCCCGCCGCGCACACACGCAAACACGCUGCGCUCUGGCCGUCGGCUGGACUCUUGCCGGUCUUCAAGGUGCCCUGCCUGCCAUGGGCUGGAAUUGCUUGCACGAUGGAGAAUCCUGCAGCGUUCUUCACCCUUUGACCCGAGUGCACUUGGCGACCCUGUGCGGCGGCUUCCUGCUGACCUUGGCUCUGAUGCUGCAGCUCAACGCCUGUAUCUGCCGGGUCGUACUUCGCCACUCGCACCAAAUCGCCCUCCAGAGACACACGCUCCCGUCUGCGCGCACACACACGCGUCGUCGGGUUCACACACUCGCCCUCAUCCUUGCCACAUUCGCCAGCUGCUGGAUGCCCUUCGCCUUGUAUGGUCUCUUGGCCGACGGAUCGUCUCCAGCUUUGUAUACUUACGCCACAUUGGUUCCAGUCACAGGAAACUCUCUGCUGAACCCUCUGAUCUAUGCCUACAGAAACACACACAUACAGAGAGUGCUGCGACAGGCCUGCUGCUGUUGUCUACCCAACACACCCAACAAAAACACACACACUCCCAGUGAUGUCUAACAUCAUGUGCUGUGAGCACACCUGAACACUUUGGAAGAUUCUAUGGUGCCAUACAAGAUCCUUUUCAUGUUUUAUGUCUGUUUCUGUUUGGGAAUAUCACUGUGCCAGUUGCCAAAUCUUCUGUCUCAAUGGAGUUAACAUGACCACUGUCAGUGACCUGAUCUGAUCUGCAUCACUUUAUUAAUUGCUAAAAUGUGUUUAUGUAACUGUGUCAUUUUUUACUUUAUACUGAGAAGACUGCCACUGUUGUAGUUGCCAACUGAAGGGUUUCGAGCAGAACGCCUCCUGUCCGCUUUAAUGUCUCAGAUUUGUGCCUCAUUUUAUGUCCUCUGAAGUUCAGAGUUUACUGAUGAAAUCAAAAUCAUUUGCACUUUACAAUAAUGACUUGACUUUUAAACUGAAACUUGUUUGAAUUUUGUUUGUAUUUAAUGAUCAAAUUAUUUGCCAUUUGUUAUUCUGACUGAUGUUUUUUAUACUUCAUAAAUGUCUUGUUUGCACUUACAAUGUAUUAAUGUUGCACAAAAUGUCCAAAUGUAUGAAUGAAUGUUUUAUUGUUCAAAUGAGAUGUUUUAUGGAAAAUGUUUAUAAUGAAUAAAUUGUAAGUUUUGUACA